AUGGCGUCCCGCGACGCCUUCAUCAGCAAUGGCACUUGCUACUUGGCACCAGGCCAGGAGGCCAUCGACUCGAUGAUUCCCUGUGGCAACGACGCCUUUGGCCGCGUCUCUUGCUGCCAGCAGGGCGACAUGUGCCUGACGAGCAACGCCUGCUACAACCAACAAUUCGGCGUGACCUAUCUCGCCGGCUGCAGCGAUCCGACCUACGACCACCGCAGCUGUCCAGACAAGGGCGCCUUUGACGGCACGCCCUGGGUCGGCCUGACCUACUGCAACGGCACAUCCGAGCAGUGGGUCGCCUGCGAGCAGUCCGGACGCCAGGAUGCCCUCACCGCGGCGGACCAGUGCUGGUGCCCGCAGACGGAUCGCACCGUUGCUUUCACGGCGUCCUCGGUUCUCGUAAAUGUGGCUGAGCUGCCGACGGCGGUCGGCGGCGAAGUCGUCUGGCAGCGUGGCUUCCUCCCCUCCUUCGCCGACACGGACACUGCCACGUCUACCACGCCCCCGACGCAGACCACCUCGACAUCAUCUUCAACUUCCUCACAAGGCGGCUCGACAAAUGUACCGGCUGAGACCUCCCCUGCAGCGACCGAGACGCCCGAGCCGACAGACAACGGCCUUUCGACGCCCGCGAGAAUCGGUAUCGGUGUCGGUGUCGGCGUUGGAUCAGCCGUCCUCCUCGCCCUGCUUGCCCUCUUCUUCUUCACCAGACGGAGACGUCAACGACAUGAGGCCCAGGCCAACGCGUCGGCCAAGGGCGAUCGCCCUGACAGCCUGAUGCCUCCGUCCGAGGCACCUCAGACGCCGACGACGGCCGUGUCCGAGAUAGAUUCACGGGCAGCAACGCCGUGGGCCCUGCGGACUGAGCUCGACGGGAAGAGUCUUGCCGCUGAGAUGGAUGUGCCGCCGGUGCCGAGCCAGCUGGGGGAGAAGAAGGAGAAAAAGUCGGACGAGCCUGUGUUUGAGCUACCUGCUUGA